UUCCACCAGUCAGCUUUCCCCUUCCCGAACCUUCGCCCACCUCCGCAUCUCUCUCUCCUCCCCCGCGGUCGCCGCCGCCGACGACCCCGCCGUCUAGAGCUUUUUCCAGAGGCGCGAGGGGGGGGGGGGCAUGGCGAUGCAGACGGGGUUCGCCACCUCCAAGGUCAUCAUCCUCGUCGGCGCAGGAUUGACGAGCUCGAUCGUGUUGCGAAAUGGCCGGUUGUCUGAAGUUUUGGCGGAGCUCCAGGAGCUUACGAAGGGUGUAAAUCAGGGAGAAGGUUCAAGUGCCUAUGACAUUGCCCUUCUGCAAGCUCAGAUUCGAAAUUUAGCACAAGAAGUUAGAGAAUUGACUAUAUCCAGGCCUAUUACCAUAUUGAGUGGCAGCUCUGACUCUGGAGGCAGUCUAUCCUCUUACAUACUGCCUGCAGCUGCAGUUGGAGCAAUGGGUUACUGCUAUAUGUGGUGGAAGGGAUUGUCUCUCGCAGAUGUCAUGUUUGUCACCAAACGCAACAUGGCCAAAGCUGUGGAGAGUAUGUCAAAGCAAUUGGAUCAAGUGUCUUCAGCAUUAGCCGCAACAAAAAGACAUCUAACUCAGCGCCUGGAGAAUUUAGAUGGGAAAAUGGAUGAGCAGGUGGAGGUCUCCAAAGUUAUUAGAAACGAGGUGAAUGAUGUCAAACAUGAUCUGUCUCAGAUUGGAUUUGAUAUUGAAGCUAUUCAGCAGAUGGUAGCUGGAUUGGAAGGGAAGAUUGAGUUGCUUGAUAAUAAACAGGAUGCAACUAAUGCUGGUGUAUGGUACCUCUGCCAAAUAGCUGGAGGUCUAAAAGAUGGAAUAAACGCAAAGUUUUUCCAGGAAGCUAACGAAAAACUCAAGCUUACAGAGCUGCUUAAGUCUGAAACAAAGGCAGUGAAGGGGCUUGAAUUUGUUCUGGAGAGCAACAAGGAACAAAAGGUAAUUGACUCCGAGCCAAAUACCGCCACGAAAAUUGAUGCUGAAAAGCCCGUGAAAACGGUUGACGGGCCUGUCAAAAGCGGCGCGGUGCACAGGUGUAGCAGAUUCUCGUUCCGUAAAGAAGGCCUCGCGUUGUGAUAAAAAAAACCUGUCCGCUCGGCGAUGUACAUUGUCUGCCUGAUUGUUUUGUUGGAUUUAAAAUAGAAAAUAAAACCUAUACCUGGAGUGAUUGAGUGCUGCAAACUAGGCAGGUACGACGCACUAUUCUGACGCAAAAUGCACGUGGUUCAACCCACAUACACUAUUUUUCUUGGAUUUUGAUUCAUGUGAUCUCAUA